GUGAAUUUACUUGUAGCCUGAGGGCUCAGAGGGAGCACCGGUUUGGAGCUGGGACCCCCUAUUUUAGCUUUUCUGUGGCUGGUGAAUGGGGAUCCCAGGAUCUCACAAUCUCAGGGACCAUGGGCUGUGGCUGCAGCUCACACCCGGAAGAUGACUGGAUGGAAAACAUCGAUGUGUGUGAGAACUGCCAUUAUCCCAUAGUCCCACUGGAUGGCAAGGGCACGCUGCUCAUCCGAAAUGGCUCUGAGGUGCGGGACCCACUGGUUACCUACGAAGGCUCCAAUCCGCCGGCUUCCCCACUGCAAGGUGACCCCAGGCAGCAGGGCCUGAAAGACAAGGCCUGCGGAUCCCUGGCUGUUGGCUUCCACCUCUCCCCCACCUACUUUCUCCCCGGUCUUGCCUUCCUUGUCCCCCACCCUGUAACUCCAGGCUUCCUGCCCAUCCCAGCCCGGUUCUCUCUGAUGCCCCUUGUCUUUACAGACAACCUGGUUAUCGCUCUGCACAGCUAUGAGCCCUCUCACGACGGAGAUCUGGGCUUUGAGAAGGGGGAACAGCUCCGCAUCCUGGAGCAGAGCGGCGAGUGGUGGAAGGCGCAGUCCCUGACCACGGGCCAGGAAGGCUUCAUCCCCUUCAAUUUUGUGGCCAAAGCGAACAGCCUGGAGCCCGAACCCUGGUUCUUCAAGAACCUGAGCCGCAAGGACGCGGAGCGGCAGCUCCUGGCGCCCGGGAACACUCACGGCUCCUUCCUCAUCCGGGAGAGCGAGAGCACCGCGGGAUCGUUUUCACUGUCGGUCCGGGACUUCGACCAGAACCAGGGAGAGGUGGUGAAACAUUACAAGAUCCGUAAUCUGGACAACGGUGGCUUCUACAUCUCCCCCCGAAUCACUUUUCCCGGCCUGCAUGAACUGGUCCGCCAUUACACCAGGUACUACAACGGGCACACGAAGGUGGCGGUGAAGAGCCUGAAGCAGGGCAGCAUGUCCCCGGACGCCUUCCUGGCCGAGGCCAACCUCAUGAAGCAGCUGCAACACCAGCGGCUGGUUCGGCUCUACGCUGUGGUCACCCAGGAGCCCAUCUACAUCAUCACUGAAUACAUGGAGAAUGGGAGUCUAGUGGAUUUUCUGAAGACCCCUUCAGGCAUCAAGUUGACCAUCAACAAACUCCUGGACAUGGCAGCCCAAAUUGCAGAAGGCAUGGCAUUCAUUGAAGAGCGGAAUUAUAUUCAUCGUGACCUUCGGGCUGCCAACAUUCUGGUGUCUGACACCCUGAGCUGCAAGAUUGCAGACUUUGGCCUAGCACGCCUCAUUGAGGACAACGAGUACACAGCCAGGGAGGGGGCCAAGUUUCCCAUUAAGUGGACAGCGCCAGAAGCCAUUAACUACGGGACAUUCACCAUCAAGUCAGAUGUGUGGUCUUUUGGAAUCCUGCUGACGGAAAUUGUCACCCACGGCCGCAUCCCUUACCCAGGGAUGACCAACCCAGAGGUGAUUCAGAACCUGGAGCGAGGCUACCGCAUGGUGCGCCCUGACAACUGUCCAGAGGAGCUGUACCAACUCAUGAGGCUGUGCUGGAAGGAGCGCCCAGAGGACCGGCCCACCUUUGACUACCUGCGCAGUGUGCUGGAGGACUUCUUCACGGCCACGGAGGGCCAGUACCAGCCUCAGCCUUGAGAGGCCUUGAGAGGCCCUGGGGUUCUCCCCCUUUCUCUCCAGCCUGACUUGGGGAGAUGGAGUUCUUGUGCCAUAGUCACAUGGCCUAUGCACAUAUGGACUCUGCACAUGAAUCCCACCCACAUGUGACACAUAUGCACCUUGUGUCUGUACACGUGUCCUGUAGUUGUGUGGACUCUGCACAUGUGUCCUGUACAUGUGUAGCCUGUGCAUGUAUGUCUUGGACACUGUACAAGGUACCCCUUUCUGGCUCUCCCAUUUCCUGAGACCACAGAGAGAGGGGAGAAGCCUGGGAUUGACAGAAGCUUCUGCCCACCUACUUUUCUUUCCUCAGAUCAUCCAGAAGUUCCUCAAGGGCCAGGACUUUAUCUAAUACCUCUGUGUGCUCCUCCUUGGUGCCUGGCCUGGCACACAUCAGGAGCUCAAUAAAUGUCUGUUGAUGACUGUU